AUGCGCAUCAAGUCUGGCGAUAUGGCAGUUCGGGAGCUGGGCUCCAGUGGAUACAAAAAUCGAGAUGAUGAGGAUAUGGCCAAGCAGGGCAAGAAGCAGCAGUUCGAGAGGAACUUUGGCUUCCUGUCAAUGUUGGGCUUCACAACAACGAUGAUGUGCACCUGGGAAGCAGUGCUUUUUGCUAAUCCGACAUCGAUGAUCGACGGAGGCCCCGCUUCGCUUGUCUACGGCUACAUUUUCUGCUGGUUCGGCGCUCUGGUCACCGCAGCUUCGCUGGCCGAGAUGGCCUCAAUGGCUCCCACUUCGGCCGGGCAAUAUCAUUGGGUCGCAAUACUCGCUCCCAGAAGUCAGGCCAUCUUUUUGAGCUGGGUGACAGGAUGGCUGAACUUGAUCGGAUGGUGGGCCAACACUGCGGCCGGUGUAUACUUCGGGGCGACCGUGACUCAGGGCCUUUUGGUUCUGAACUUCCCCGAUUAUGAAUUUGAGCGCUGGCAUGGGACUCUACUGAUGUUUGCUGCAUUACUCCUCUGCGUAUUGGUCAAUUCCAUUGGAGCAAGGCUUCUCCCAAAAGUGGAAGGUUUGAUUCUGAUUCUUCACAUUGUGGGAUUCUUCGCCGUCUUGAUUCCUCUCGUCUACCUCGCCCCACACAAAGACGCCGAAUUUGUCUUUGGUACAUUUAUCAAUAGCUCUGGAUGGAGUAACUCUGGUUUGGUUUGGCUCAUUGGGCUCAUGGGCACGAACCUUCCUUUCAUUGGCUACGAUGGUCCAUGUCACAUGGCGGAAGAAGUCAAAAACGCGUCUGUCAUCGUGCCUUGGUGCAUGAUUGGUACGAUCCUGUUGAAUGGUACACUCGGGUUUGCCAUAGUUCUCGCAUUUCUGUUCUGUAUUGGAAACAUCGAAGACGCACUAGGCAGUGCGACUGGCUACGACUUCAUUGAAGUCUUUUGGAAUGCCACCAAAUCCCAUGCAGGCACAUCAGUCAUGGCUGCACUUCCCACUACGCUCGUUAUUUGCGCUUCUUUUGGAUUUUUGGCUUCGGCCUCACGUCUUACCUGGGCAUUUGCGCGCGACAAAGGAUUGCCAUCCUCCGAUUUCCUCUCCCACGUAAAUUCACGCUCAGGCCUUCCGAUUCGGUCCGUUGCCCUCUGCGCUUUCAUCACCGCAUGCAUUUGCGUCAUUAAUGUGGGAUCUUCGGCUGCAUUCAACGCCAUUGUCUCAUUAACUACAGCUGGUCUCUUCUUAUCAUACGAAAUAGCGAUUGUGUUGAUCGUUAUCAAAAAGAUCAAGCGAGAUCCCAUCCCUUAUGGCCCCUGGACACUUGGUCCGUUCGGCCUCGUCGUCAAUAUCGCCUCAAUUUGCUUCUUGACUAUCACCGUUUUCUUUUCUUUCUUCCCCACGGAGCUUCCUGUGGUGCCAUCAAACAUGAACUGGUCUAUCGUUGUGUUCUCCGGCGAGUUCAUCAUCGGCUUGAUCUGGUAUGGAGUCUAUGGCAGAAGGGUAUACCAUGGCCCAAUUAAUGAGUCUGGGACUGCUGUCAUGGAUGGCGAGAUCAUCGUUGAAUAG